AUGCAGCGGGACCAGGAACUGUCGGGCCACUACCACGAGUUCAUGGCCGAGUAUGAGAACCUCGGGCACAUGCGGCGUCUCACUGCCGAGGAGCUCACCGCACAUCAGGGACCGGCCGUCUACAUCCCGCAUCACGGAAUCUGGCAACAUCACGAUCAAGGACGGAAACUGCGCGUCGUAUUCAACGCCUCGAGACCCACAUCCUCCGGAUACAGCCUGAACGACGCGCUGCACGCCAGGCCGAAGCUACAAGAGCACGUGACUACCGUGCUCACUAGGUGGAGGCUGCACCGUUACGCCUUUUGCGCGGACAUCCAGAUGAUGUUCCGCCAGAUCCGCGUGAGGCCAGAGGACGUCCACCUCCAGAGAGUGCUGUGGAGCCAGGAUACAGACUCCCCCGCCCACCACUACGCGCUGCAAACCGUCACUUACGGCGAGACAUGUGCACUUUACCUGGCCCUCCGGACCAUCAGACAGCUCUGCGCCGACGAGGGCGCCCGCUUCCCACUCGCCCGAGAGGCCGCUGAGAACGACCUCUACAUGAACGACUUCCUCAGCGGCGGCCACAGUUUGGAGACAAUCCGACGCCUCAGGGACCGUGAGGGCCCACCGGCUGCUGACCGGGUCAACGCCCAACUCGCCCAGACCUUUGGGGCCCGUCCGAGCUGCUGA